GUAUUUUUUUUUUUUGGAAGGAUGAGCCAAUUGUAUUUUUAUUUUUUUUGAAGGAUGACCCAAUUGUAUUUAACAUAACAUAAUACUUUCUCUCUCCUCAUUAUAUAAAUAAACCUCCCUCUUUCUUCUUCCUCUCUUUAAGAACCCCUUUUCACAAUUUCUAUAUAAUCAAUCAAAUCUCUCACACAUUCAUACACACAAACACUCCUCCAUGAGUUACUACAAUCAACAACAACCCCCCGUCGGCGUUCCUCCUCCUCAAGGUUACCCACCAUACCCAAAAGACGCGUACCCACCACCAGGAUACCCUGCGCAAGGGUACCCACAACAAGGGUACCCUCCACCAGGAGGAUACCCACAACAAGGGUACCCUCCCCAACAAUACGCCCCUCAGUACGCGCAGCCUCCUCCUCAGCAACAACAACAGAGUGUUGGUUUCAUGGAAGGAUGUUUGGCUGCUCUGUGCUGUUGCUGCUUGUUGGACGCCUGCUUUUGAUUGAUUGAUACAUCAUACCCCAGAGAUUCAAUUCGGAUGGCCUGAGGAUUAUCGUGAUUAUUUGAUACGCAAUCAUGUGGAAUUGGAAAAACAAAAAAAAAAAAAAAAAAAAUGUUUGUUUCGUAUCAUAUGUAGCUAAUCGACUCAAACCCCCACCCCCCAGAUCUUAAAUUGUUUUUUUCGUAAAUAAUUUGAAUAUUUGAAUUGGAGAAAGCUUGCUCUCUCUGUUGUUUGUCUUGCUGAGAUUUAGCUUUUGAAACUAUAGAGCAGAGUUCAUUUGUUUGCCGUGCA